AUGGCGAUUGCUUUUGCUUUGAAUGAGGCAUACAGUAAAUAUGCACGUGAUAUGAAAUCAUCGAAUGUCUUACCGAGUCAAUUUACAAUGAAAUUACGCAAACAUUUACGAGGUAAGAGAUUAUCAGCAUUGACACAAUUAGAAGGAGAUCGUGUCGUGGACUUGACAUUUGGACACGGGACACACAAGUUUCAUUUGAUAUUAGAACUCUAUGCAUUGGGUAAUAUCAUUCUUACGGAUGGAGAUUAUCGUAUAUUGUCCUUGUUGCGCACACAUCGUUUUGAUGAGAAGGUUGAGAUGGCGGUCAAGCAAACGUAUCCAGUACAAUUGCUGGGUGAUCAAGAGAAGAAGCAGGACGGGAUCCAGACGACUGUGCACCUUGUGGAGUUUGUAAAUAGAUGGUUUGAGCAUCAGGAGGUUAAGAUAGCUGCUGCGCUACCUACUCUCGGCAAGGCGCAGAAGAAGAAAAAGACAAAGGCGCUGACGAUGAAGCAGAUACUGCUGCUAAAGGAGUCGACGUUUGGUGGAUUGGGUCCAGCUAUUAUUGAGCAUUGUUUAGUGCGUGCGGAUAUCUCACCUUCACUGAAGAUUUAUAGCCCUGUGGAGUUUGCGGCAGUCGGUGCAGAUAAGCUGACUGCAUUAUUGGCUGAGAUUCAGGAGGGUUGGAAGUUGCUAAAACGACUCCAGGAUGAACAGACUUCUGUGAAUGGUCCGGUUCCUGUCCAAAAUGAUGAGGAAACUACUGAUGCUGAAAACGACGACCAUGAUGGAGCUCUUGCCGUUGCUGCUACGAACAAUGCUUCUGCUGUCACAAAAAAGUGCGGAUUCAUCAUCCUGAAGGAUUCUAUGGAUGAGCAUACUCCAGAGCAGUUCGAGCAGUUUACACCAUUCUUGUACACCCAGUACUUGCACAAAAAAGUCAAGAGCUUCGACACGUUUGACGAGGCUGUUGAUGAGUACUUUUCGCGCUUCGAAGGAGACGCGGCAGAGGUGGCCAAACAAAACGUUCAGCUUGCAGCGGAAAACAAGCUUGCUAAGCUUAAGAAGAACCAGGAGCAACAGCUUGCUCAGCUGCGUCAAGUUCAAGAACAGAGUUUUCAGCACGCUCAGCUGAUUGAAGCCAACCAGCAGGACGUUGAGAAUGUUCUUCUUGUCAUUCGUAGCGCGCUGGCCAGUGGAAUGGAUUGGCGCGGUCUGGAAGAACUUGUGCGCUACGAGCAGAAGAAUGGCAACCCCGUGGCAAGUCUCAUUCACCAAUUAGAUCUUGAGCACAAUCGCGUGUCAAUCUUGCUCUGCGAUGAAGACGAGGAUGACGAGGAUGAACAUGGUGGUGACGGUACUGGCGAGGAAGACAAGCCGGCGCACAUCAUCUGGAUCGAUUUGUCGCUAUCGGCGCUUGCCAAUGCACGUGAAAUUUAUACCAAAAAGAAGAAGGCCAGAGCGAAAGCGGAGAAAGCCACGGAGGCGACCGAUGAGGCAAUUGCACUGGCGGAGAAGACCACCAAGAAAACACUGGAACAACAGCUAACAAAGCGCAACGUGAUCUACCAGCGACGCAAAACACUCUGGUUUGAGAAGUUUCAUUGGUUUCUUUCCAAUGAGAAAUACUUAGUAGUUGCAGGCAAAGACGCUCACCAGAAUGAGCUGCUAGUUAAGCGGUAUUUACGAAAGGGUGACGUAUACGUUCACGCUGAUCUCCACGGCGCUGCCACGUGCAUUGUGCGUAACCAUGCCGUUGUCAAGAACGAAAAGAAUGAAAAGAUCCAGGAGCUGCCGCCCAUUCCUGUGGCCACGCUUGAGCAAGCAGGGUGCAUGAGUGUGUGCCGCAGUAACGCCUGGACCAGUCAGGUGAUUGCUGGGGCCUACUGGGUGCAUGCAGAUCAGGUCUCCAAAACAGCGCCAGCAGGCACUUACCUAGCGACAGGUAGUUUCAUGAUCCGUGGCAAGAAAAACUUCAUCCAGCCUUCUCGCCUUGAAAUGGGUUUAGCGAUUCUUUUUCGCAUUGACGAAAGCUGUAUAAGCAAUCAUGCGCGUCAGAAUGAAGGAAAAGCACACCAAGUUGCAGAUGGCUCUGACAGGAAAGACGUGGGUAAAACCGAGAGUGUGUCUGUAGUAGAAAAUGCACUCGCGCAUCACGAGGAAGAGGAGACAUCGGCAAAAAAAAAAGUUGGACGAAACUUUGUCUAA